UCCUGGACCUCAUGUGUUCCUGCUGGUUCUACAGCCUGAAGACUUCAGUGAGAAACACAAACUGAGACUCUGCAGAGUCCUUAAACGCUUCAGUAAUCGAUCAUUUGAUCAUUCAUUGAUACUGAUAUCAUCACCCAGAGAGCAGGGCUCUAAACAAACUCAGUAUUCUCCCCUCAAAGACAUGAUCAGAGAGUGUAGGGACAGAUAUGUGAAGCGGAUGAACCUUGAACUUCCAGAGCUGUUGACACGUUUGGGUCAAAUUGUGAAGGAGCACGAUGGAGAGCAUGUCAGCUGUGAUGUGUUCAUGGAUCCAACGGGUGAAACACAAAGCACACAACAAGAGGAAACAAAGCCUGGCAGCCUGCAUGCUGUUACUUCUGCUGGUCUGUGUGCCAGUGAUGACGGGGUGACACCUCCUCCUCCAGGAGAGAUGAGAAUUCUGCUGCUGGGUAAAAAUGAUGACUUUAAAACAAAGCUUGGUGCCUUGAUCACUCAAAAAGAAAAACAAUGGAAAAAGCCAUUUGCAGGCAAAGAAAGUGUGGAGACUGGAGAGUGGAGAGGAAAGCCUUUAAAAGUAGUAAAAACUGCAGAUGUUUUCAGUCUGCCUGUGAAGAAGCUCAGAGGACAGAUGAGGAACGCUGUGAGUCUUUGUCCUCCAGGACCAAAUGUCUUGCUGCUGUUAGUGAAUCCUUCAGAGUUCACUGAAGAGAACAGACAAAGACUGAAUUUCAUCCUCAGUUUUUUUGGUCAAGAUGCUUUUAAACACUCAGUGAUCAUCAGCACACAGGAGGACGGUCAACCAGACGACUCUUUAACACGUCUACUUAAAGACUGUGGAGACAGAAACUACAGCAUGGAUGAAAAUGACAUCCACUCAUUAAUGACGCAGAUUGAGAACCUUAUUAAUGAGAACAAAGGAGACUUCCUCACCCUCACUGAUCACUUGAUCACUCGGAAGUCUGACCACAUGAAACCAGCUUUAAACCUGGUCCUGUGUGGGAGGAGAGGAGCAGGGAAGACUUCAGCAGCAAAGGCCAUUUUAGGUCAGACAGGUCUUCAUUCAGCCUCCAGCUCAUCAGAGUGUGUUAAACAUCAGGGAGAGGUGUGUGGACGUUGGCUUUCCCUGGUGGUGUAA